AACAACCGGGUCGCUCUGACAAACGGACGCUACAUACACGCUAAUUGGAUUGAUAGCCAAGGUGAUCGGCGAUACAUCUGCACGCAGGGCCCUCUUCCGCAGACAGUUGGCGACUUCUGGGAAAUGGUUCUGCAGGAGAAAGUUGAGGCGGUUGUGAUGUUAUGUGACACCGUUGAGCUCAAUCGUCCCAAGUGUCACCAGUACUGGCCUAAGGAUAAUACACCAGAAUCGGCAAUCACCAGUCGGGACGGCAACAUAAGAGUUCGGUUCGUGGACACGGAGGCACUGGACGACAACCAUCUUAUUCGGACACGCCUGCAGGUCACCAGCGACAAUCCAAAGCGGCAAGCGAACGUUCGUCACUUCCAUUGGAGACGUUGGCCCGAUCGUGGAGUGCCUAUGAACCAUCUCGCGGCGCUGCGACUGCUCUUCUACAUCGGGAAAUACAAGCCAAUAGUCGUCCACUGUUCGGCAGGUAUUGGCAGGACCGGGACUAUCGUCAUGAUCUACUUGGCUCAGAACACACUGCGCUCUGGGCAGCGUCUGGACUUCUACGAAUUGGUGGCAGAUUUGCGUCGUCAACGGGCAGGCAGUGUGCAAACCCUGGAUCAGUACCUGUACAUCUACAGCGUCUUUCUCCGGUAA